AUAGCAGGGUGAAGGAUAUGAAAGCAUCAAAAUCCUGAGUGCCAAACAAAAUCGACUGUCUCUCUUUCUAUUUAAAUCUCACUCUUUUCUCAAUGGAAUCCUUCGAAUUCCAAUUCUCUGAGUUGAUUCCGGGUCUCCCUGAAGAACUCGGCCUCGACUGCCUCACUCGGUUGCCUUACACCACCCACCGCCUCGCCUCCGCCGUCUGCCGCCGCUGGCAUCAGCUUAUUUCCAGCCGCGAUUUCUAUUACCACCGUCGCAAAUCCGGCGCUACCCGUCAUCUUGCUUGCCUGAUUCAGGCACUUCCCCCUGCUUACACUGCCACUGGAUGGAAGCUCUGCACCUCACUCAGUUAUGGAAUCACCGUUUUCGACCCACUGAGUCAAUCCUGGGACCGAAUCCCUCCGAUUCCUCAAUACCCUGAUGGGCUCCCUUUGUUCUGCCACAUAGCUAGCACCGAAGGAAAAUUGGUCGUUAUGGGUGGCUGGAACCCAGAGACUUACGAUCCGAUUGUCGAUGUUUUCGUUUAUGAUUUCACUAGAUGUGCGUGGAGGAAGGGCAAAGAUAUGCCUUCUGAGCGAUCUUUUUUUGCAAUUGGGGCUUCCGAUGGCCGAAUCUACAUCGCCGGUGGCCACGAUGGGAGUAAGAACUCCCUGAAAUCCGCCUGGGUCUACGAUCUGAGAAGCGACGAGUGGACCGAGUUGCCGGAAAUGAAUCAGAGGAGGGACGAGUGCGAAGGGCUGAUGGUCGGCAGCGAGUUCUGGGUGGUGAGCGGCUACGACACCGAACGACAGGGAAUGUUCGACAGCAGCGCCGAAGUCUACGAUCUCGAUUCCGGCGAGUGGAGGGUCGUGGAUCAGGCGUGGGAGACGGGACGCUGCCCGCGAGCAUGCGUCGGAAUGGGUAAAGACGGAAAACUGAAAAACUGGUCGGAAGCGGCGCCGUCGGUGAGGGUCGGAGCCUGUGGGAUGGUGAUCGGAACCCAGCUUCUGGUGACCGGGUCGGAGUACCAAGGGGCACCACAGAAUUUCUGCCUGAUGGAGAGGGAAGGAGGGCAAAAUAGUAAAAUAACGAAAAUGAGUAUUCCAGAAGAGUACUCCGGGUUUGUACAAUCAGGGUGCUGUGUGGAGGUGUAAUUGACGAAAACACCCUCAAUCGAAAUCUGGAAACUAGAUGUAGGGUAUGUACAUACAUACAUAUAGAAGGGGAAGAGAUUACGAAUUUUGUUUUGUGUAACGCGUAAUUUUAUUUCCCCUCAUUUCCCGUAUAAUAUAAAGUUUUAAAACUUUACUAUAUUUUUAUUA